AUGCCCUCGCCUAGCGCCGAGAACGGCGGGGCCACGCGCAACUUCCCGACCGAUCCGAACGAGUUCGACAGCGACCUGCGCAUUUCUUUCUCGAAGCUGGACAACAAGUUUAUCUUGGAGACCGAGGAUGGUCAGGAAUUCGAGUGGGACUCCGCAAUCAAGCGGUGGGUUCAUCAGGUCGACGAGGAGCUCCUCAAACAACAACAAGAAGCCUACAUGGUCGCUGGCGUGGAAGAUGACGAGCCACUGCACCCACGGGAUAGGAAGAAGCGGAAACAGCAGACGAGCAGCGACGAUGCCGAUGCACAGAAACCUAAAAAACAGCGAGUAAACACUGCGGUGUUUGUCACCUCAAUCCCGCUUGAUGUCACGUUCAAUGAAAUUCGGGACACAUUCUCAAAGUGCGGCGUCAUUGCCGAGGAAAUCGACAGUGGAAACCCUCGCAUCAAGAUGUACAAUGACGACGAUGGGAAAUUCAAGGGCGAGGCGCUCAUUGUAUACUUCCGACCCGAGUCGGUUAACCUCGCUAUUCAGAUGCUUGAUGAUUCUGAUUUUCGGCUUGGCGAGCGCGGACCGAACGGGCCAAUGCGGGUGCAGGCUGCAGAUUUCUCUUUCAAGAGUCAGAAGGAUGCGCCGAAGCAGACUAACAUGCGGGAUAAGAAAAAGAUCAUUGAGCGGACGCAGCGGUUGAACAGUAAACUUGCGGACUGGGAUGAUGACGAUCCUUCUACACUGCCUGAGACGACCUCUCGGAUGGAACGAGUUGUGAUUUUGAAGCACAUGUUUACCUUGCAGGAAUUGGAGGAGGAUGUGGCCGCCAUUCUCGAUAUCAAACAGGAUAUUCGUGAUGAGUGCUCCAAGAUCGGUGAGGUCACCAACGUGGUGCUCUACGAUAAGGAACCUGAGGGCGUGGUUAGUGUGAAAUUCGUAGAUCCCCAAGCAGCUCUACAAUGCGUCAAGAACAUGGACGGUCGAUACUUUGGUGGCACUCGCGUGGAAGCCUAUGUUUCCGACGGACGUGAGAAGUUCAAGAAGACCAAUGAGCGACGGGCGGCACUGGAGGACAUGGCAGAGCGGGGCAUCGAUGCUGAAAACGAAGAGGAAAAUCAGCGCCUGGAUGAAUUUGGAACGUGGUUGGAGAGUUCCAAGACGGCUGGGACGGGGACGGAGACGGAGACGAAGUAG